AUGAGCCUUCGCAGUCGUCGCAACAAAACGCAACCCAGAGUUCUGUUUCGACAUCAAAUCAAGGCCAUGGCUGCAGCUGCAGACUCUCCUCCUACACGGAGCCAGGCUCUUUCUGGAAUGUCUCAGGUCUACGCCAGCGAACCCGCGAUUCCGGACCUCUUCACCUCGCAGCCACUCAUCGUCGACAUGCUCGAGACAGAGUCGUCACAGCUACAGCAAAAGACUAUUGACGAGUGCCUGCCCUUUCUGAGCGGAGAACAGCAUGCAGGUAAAUGUAAUCAGCACGGCGUCCCCCGCCUAGACAAACAACGCCACGUCAAGUUUCUGCACAAGCAGCUUGGCAGGCUCCCACCGCAGAUGGCAGCUGCAGAUCCCAGCCGGCCGUGGUUUUUUUACUGGUCUCUCGCAGCAUUGACUCUUCUGGGAGAGGAUGUGAGCAUAUAUCGCGAGCGGCUGGUCGAGACGGUCCGCCCCAUCCAGAAUGUCAGUGGCGGCUUUGGAGGAGGUUUCGGCCAGGAUUCCCACCUGGCGACCACUUAUGCCACCGUGCUCGCGCUGAUGCUCGUGGGUGGGGAAGAGGCGUACAAAGUUGUAGACAGACGUGCAAUGUGGGAAUGGCUCUGCUCCCUGAAGCAGGCUGACGGAGGUUUCCAGAUGGUCGUAGGAGGCGAGGAGGAUGUCCGAGGCGCAUACUGCGCAUCAGUUAUCAUUUCUCUGCUCGGGAUUCCCCUCGAGACGUCACCCGACUCAGCUGCAUACGCCGCAGGCCACAAAGAUCUUUUCAGCGGUCUGGGAGAGUGGGUAGGCAGAUGCCAGACAUACGAAGGAGGCGUGGCUGCAAUCCCAGGGAUCGAGGCACAUGGGGCGUACGCCUUCUGUGCCCUCGGGUGUCUGUCCAUCUUGGACGCUCCGCAUCGUUCCAUACCAAAGUACAUGAACAUGCCACAACUGAUUGCGUGGCUGUCUUCCCGUCAAUACGCACCAGAGGGCGGGUUUUCUGGUCGCACAAACAAACUGGUGGACGGUUGCUACAGCCACUGGGUUGGGGGUUGCUGGCCGCUCAUCCAGGCCGCUCUGAGCGGGCCGAACAGUGGCAAGGCCAGAUCCGCAGACCAGCAGGCCGCAGAUACCGGCAGCCUUUUCAGUCGCAACGGGCUAAUCCGGUAUAUUCUCUGCUGCUGCCAGGACCAGACCCUUCGGGGUGGCUUGAGAGAUAAGCCAAGCAAAUACUCAGAUGCCUACCACACAUGCUAUGUACUAUCCGGCCUCAGUUCCGCACAGCACAAGUGGACUUUGCGGGCUGCACGGCCAACGGGUUCUGCUGGCGGCGCUGACGAGUGGGAAGCCAUGCCAUAUGUCGAGGACGAGCAAGUGUUCAACGAAGAUGACCGAAUUGGAACCACGCAUCCCGUAUACGUAAUACCUCAGCACAAGGUUGAAGCUGCGUGGGAAUAUUAUGCUUCCAAGAUGGGAUUCUAA